CUAAAUAGCAUCUAAAAGACCAAAAAAAAUCCCAUUCUCUUCUCUUUUUCUCUCCUCUCUCGGAGACUCUACUAGUAAGACAAAGAGGAAGAGAGAGAGAGAGAGAGAGGUGGCGACGAUGCACGCGAAGACGGACUCGGAGGUGACGAGCCUGGCGGCUUCGUCCCCGCCGCGGUCGCCGCGGCGGCCGAUAUACUACGUGAUGAGUCCAUCCCAUCCGGACGCCGAGAAAAUGUCCCUCGGUGGCUCCACCCCUGGCGGCUCGCCUGUGCACCACCACCACCACUACCACCACCAUCCCCACCACCACCGCUACGCCAGCUCCCCCAUCCACCACUCCCGCGAGUCCUCCACCACCCGCUUCUCCGCCUCCCUCAAGCACGCCUAUUGGCGCAAGAUCCCCGUCGCCGGUCGCCACCCCUCCGACGCCGGCGACGCUGAUGACGACUCCGACGCCGACGACUACCCCGCCACCACCCCCGUCCGCUGCUACGUCGUCUGGUUCCUCCUCGGCUUCAUCUUUCUCUUCACCCUCUUCUCCCUCAUCCUCUGGGGCGCCAGCAAACCCUACAAGCCCGAAAUCUCCAUCAAGAGCGUGGUGUUCGAGAGUUAUAAUAUCCAGGCAGGGAUGGAUUUGACCGGUGUUCCUACCAAGAUGCUCUCCAUCAAUUCGACGGUCAAGAUCGCGUUUCGGAACCCGGCCACCUUCUUCGGCGUGCACGUCUCCUCCACCCCUUUGGUUCUCUACUACUAUGACCUCAAAAUCGCCUCCGGAAACAUGAAGGAAUUCUACGAAUCGAGGAAGAGUGGCAGGGUGGUGAGAAUAGAUGUUAUUGGGAGGCAGAUUCCGCUCUACGGCGGUGGUUCGAGCCUGAGCAGCCGGUCGGAGGGCGGGCCGUCGGCGGUGGUGCCGCUCGAGCUGACGUUCGUGAUGCGGGCUCGCGCCCACAUCCUCGGCAAGUUGGUGAAGUCCAAGUUCUACCGCCGCGUCCACUGCUCCCUCACCCUCCGGGAGAACCGCCUUGGGAAGCACCUCCACCUCAAGGACGCCUGCCAGUACCAUGACUGAGCUGAGCUGAACCGAACCGGGCGGAGGGCAUCUCGGUAAUUUUAGUGGAUGGGGAGCGGGAGAUCUGGAUUCAAGUGGGUUCAUGAUGGAUGCUAACAUGCGCUGGAAGCUCAGGUGUCAGUCAAAGUUAUGGAGUGGUUUUAAAGCAAAAGCUGACUGCUGCCUGCCAAGCCCGUGAUGUUAGUUUUGUCGAUUUCUUUGUGGAUGUUACUGUUGGUGAUUGGUGUACAUGCUGGUCAGCCUUGGCAAAAAAAAAAAAAAAAAAAAGGAACAGGUCACAGUUUUCUAAAGGUGUUGUUUUGCAUAAAAGGGUGUUAUCUUAUUGUUUUUAUUCUCGUAGCCUUCUUUCCUCACUUGAUCUACGAGAAUAACUUUUAGC